AUGUCAAUCAUCAAACAUUAAAAAUUUUAGUUCCUCAUAUUAUGGCCGAAAAAUCUAAUUUCAUUACUUUAAAACCUGUUGAAAGCAGUAGCCUCUAUCUCAGAAGAAUGGAGGAAAAGACAAAACAAGGUGUAGAUACCAGUGAUGUAGAUGAGCUGGAAGAAUUAUUGCUAAACAUAAAUUCUUACAUUAUGAGAAAAGCAAAUGAAAAUGAACUGCUUACAAAAGUUCCACAUUUACUAAACUUAGUUGGUUUCCAUGAUGAUAGGACAAAUACCGAUGUUAAUCUUGUUCCUAAACUCCCUGCUAGAAAUGUUAAACCUAAUGUCAUUGUUAGCGAAAUGUACAAGAACACUAGAUGUGUGCGGUGUGAUGAUGGAUUUGAACCACAUGAAAAAAUUGUCAACACAAAUGGAGAGCUGUGGCAUCCUCAAUGCUUUGUUUGUGCCCAGUGCUUUCGAUCAUUUCCCGAAGGCAUUUUUUAUGAAUUUGAGGGACGCAAGUAUUGUGAGCAUGAUUUUCAAAUGCUUUUCGCCCCAUGUUGCGGUCGAUGCGGCGAGUUCAUCAUCGGUCGCGUGAUCAAGGCAAUGAAUGCUAACUGGCAUCCAAAGUGCUUCCUUUGCGAGAUGUGUAAUAAAGAACUAGCCGAUCUUGGUUUUAUCCGUUAUCAGAACAAGGCACUGUGCCACGAUUGUAACGCUCGGGCUAAGGCCGCUAGUUUAGGAAAGCACGUCUGCCAUAAGUGCCACUCUAUGAUUGAUGAUCGCCCACUGCGCUUCCGUGGUGAAGUCUACCAUCCAUAUCACUUCAACUGCUCUUCCUGCGGAAUCGAGCUCAAUGCAGACGCCCGUGAAGUAAAAAGCAGACCUGGGUUCACAGCAAAUGAAAUGAACGAGUUAUACUGCCUAAGAUGUCAUGACAAAAUGGGAAUCCCGAUUUGUGGAGCUUGUCGUCGCCCAAUCGAGGAACGCGUGGUCACCGCUCUUGGGAAACAUUUCCACGUUGAGCAUUUCGUCUGUGCUAAGUGCGAGAAGCCGUUCUUGGGUAACCGACACUACGAGAAGAAGGGUUUAGCUUAUUGCGAGACCCACUAUCACCAGCUUUUUGGCAAUCUUUGCUUCGUUUGCAACCAAGUUAUUGGAGGAGAUGUUUUUACCGCACUGAAUAAAGCCUGGUGUGUCCACCAUUUUGCCUGCUCGGUUUGUGAUACAAAAAUGUCACAAAAAACAAAAUUCUACGAAUUUGACUUGAAACCAACUUGUAAAAAAUGUUUUGAUAAAUUUCCUGCAGAACUUCGAAAGCGACUGAAAAAAGCGUAUGAAGCUAAUCCGAAGAAAAAUUCUGCUGCCAAUUAAAAAGAAAACGGUAACAAAUCGGCAUAAUUGCUUCAGUUUUAGUUUCCAUGUUGAUAUCUUUACUCUUUGUAAAUUUAGAACUAUGGAUUUGCUGAUUAUUUUAUAAUUUCCUUCAUUUACUAGGUGCCUUGCUUUUAUCAUAUCCAUUUUAAGAUCAUAACAUUUUUCAAAUUACAAAUUAAGCGAUUAAACGGCCAUUGAGCAUUAGCUCUUCAUUUAUUAUUGUUUAAUUUUUACUAGAUUCUUCGUGAUUCUGUUUCGUUUUUUUCUCGCUUACUUUUCUAAGCUACAGUCACAUUCUAAAUAAAGUUUCAAUUAAAACAACGUAAAAAG